AUGCAAGUAGCACUGGCAUGCUUCUUCAUGUUGCUCUUUGUUCUACUGUGUCUCCUGGGAAUCCUGGGCAAUGGCUUCAUCGUGUUGGUGCUGAGCAGAGAGUGGAGGCGCCAUGGGAGGUUGCUUCCCUCUGACAAGAUCCUUCUCAGCCUGGGUGCCUCCCGUUUCUGCCUGCAGUGGGUUGGGAUGGCAAACAACUUCUACUACUUCCUCCACCUGAUGGAAUACAACAGGGGACCUGCCCGGCAGGUCUUUGGUCUCUACUGGGACUUCCUGAACUCAGCCACCUACUGGUUUGGUACUUGGCUCAGCGUCCUUUUCUGCAUAAAAAUUGCCAACUUCUCCCACCCUGUCUUCCUGUGGCUGAAGUGGAGGUUCCCAGGAUCAGUGACCUGGCUUCUGUUGGGUUCCCUCCUCAUCUCCUGCAUGGUCACCUUUCUCUUCUUUUGGGGAAACCACUUUAUGUAUCAAGGAUUGAGGACUAGAACAUUUUCUGGAAACUUAACCUACAAAGAGUGGACCAAGAAGAUGGAAAUUUGCUAUUUCCUGCCCCUGAAAUUUGUCACUUUGUUUGUGCCCUGCUCUAUCUUUCUGGUCUCCAUUGCAUUCUUGAUUCACUCUCUGAGGAUGCACCUGUGGAAGAUGAGUCACCAUGCCCACAACCUGCAGGACCCUCUCACCCAGGCUCACACCCAGGCUCUGAAGUCACUCAUCUGCUUCCUCCUCCUUUACACUCUAUCCUUUGUGACCCUGGUCAUUGAUGCAGCAGGCUUCUUCUCCUCUGAGAGUGACUGGUACUGGCCAUGGCAGAUUUUGAUUUAUCUGUGCACAUCUGUCCAUCCCUUGAUCCUCAUUCUCAGCAAUCUGAGGCUCCGGGGGGUGUUCAGGCAGCUUCUCCUAUUGGCCAAAUACCCCUGGGUAGCCUAG